AUGGUGUAUGCAUUGAACAGACUACAGGAGAGUUUCACUGUUGAGCAUCCAUGUUGGUUCUGCUUUGCAAAGAGGAGUGAAAUCCAGGAGAAGGAGGUCCAGUCGGGAGCAUUUGAACUGAGAGCCAAGCAGGAGCAUGACAGGCAAGUGGCUGAAGUGUUACACGAUGCGAGUUUGGUAAAGCAGUAUGAAGUGAAAGAGAGACCAAAUAUGGAGACAAGGACCAUACUCAGAGUUAUAGUUUGUGACAACGACAUCAGACAAAUCGUACUUCCUGUGAAACCACAGACAGUUUACUCACUGUUGGAACAACUUGAAGAAAAGCUGGGACUUCAGUAUAAGUUCACACUUCAGUUUGAGGAUCCAGACUUCAACAAUUCCCUUGUGAAUCUUACCGAAAUUGCUGACUUGCCAGAUAAGCCCACACUGAAGAUUGUCUCCCUUGUGACGACACCAACCCCUAGCACAGUUGACACUGAAGUCCUGUCUGUGGCUUCUGAUGAGCAUUCACGUCAUAGUCUACGGACCGCAUGGCCAGAAGCUUUCGAGAUCCCUACUUUUCCUGUUGACGUUGAAUACAGAUUACGUCAGGGAAAUCUACAGUACAUGCGAGAUCCAACAUAUCUACAAUUGUCAGGAGAGCUUAAGCAUGAGAUUCUCGAAAAACUCUCAGAGACAAUAUACAGUUACAAAGCUUACCCUGAUAAGGAAAAUUCCGAGGCUGUUGCUGCUGCUUUGAUAAUAAAACAUCCCUGCCUUACCCAGCCUGGAUCAUCUAACGGGUGGAAUGGGUGGUAUGAUAGCCUCAGAUGGAAAAUGGGUAAUUACAGUUCAAAACUGCGUCGAGCUGGAUGUUUGGAGGUAUCCAUAAAUGGUGGGAAAAGAAGAGGACAGCAGCCUCAGAGAAACAUCAAAAGACCCAAGAGGUUUGAAGUCAAUUUUCUACCGAACUUCCCUGAUGGUGAAGAUGAAGCCAGCAUGGAGUCCAAAAGGAAAGAGAUGGUGGAAGACAUGAAGAAACGUCGUCUUAAUGCUGCACUGAUAGCCCAGAACAUGAACUCUACAUUUGCCUUGCGUGGAAAGUUGCAACUUGGCUGGCUGCAACAUGGCUGGUCCUGCCGGCGCAGGGAAGGUCGCAGCCAGAUUGGAUGUCCGAGAGGCAAGAAGAAAAAAACGCAGAAGAAGAGAGAAGAGCGAAGAGACUGA